GGAACGAGUGUCAAACAAGCGUGCUGUGUGUUGAUUUGAAAAUGAAGCUCCCUCUCAUCCUCAUGGUACUCGUGGGAUGGACAAAAUCUCAGGCGGCGACGGAGGAGCCGAUCCGAACGGAUCUGAUCACGAAAACAGUUCUAGCGAUUAACGCUUCCAUCCAGCGGAGCGUGGAAGAGUGUGACAAUGCUUGUCAGGAAAUCGUUAGAGAAAACGCGGAAAAAAUGACCUUUGACGAGAAAUUCACGGGCAUCGAAGCCAAAAACCUCAUCAAAAGCCUCAGGCAGACGUUUGACGUCGACUGGAGCCCUGUUCAAGCAUGGCUGAGGCGCCUGGAGAAAAUCCAGAAGACCUACUUCGACAGUGUCCUCAAAUACGCAGAUCGAGACAGCAAACCAGUGAAAGAAGCGCUGUUCUACCUCGAAAUGGGUGAGAUCCACAAUGCAACAUCGGAACUGUUGGCGAAUCAGAAGACGUUGAUGGGAAUCGUGGCCGAUCUCUCAGCAAUUCUGGAAAUCGUUCAGAAAGGGAGGUCGGGCCUCGCGUUGAAGCUCGCGAUCCAACUCGGCGACUUGAAGCCAUACCACGAAACCUUUGGCUGCGCACACAAAUGCAGUCUCAGUAAAUCUUCUUGCGUCAGCGGAGGGAAUGGAGAUGGCGAUUGUGCGGCGGUCAUGCGGAGGAGCUUCACGAGAAGCUUCCAGAAUCUCCAGGAGACCCUGAAGCGAUUCUUCGUCGAGGAAAUGGUAGAGAGUCAUCUGCUCGAUGAGGACGACGACUCUUCAAAUGAGGACUUCUGAAGAUCUUCAAUAAGGAAUUCCAGAGCUCGACAGUCACAGACCUCGUUUGAGGGAGGAUGGAUGGUUGGAGGAUUGAAAUCCCCAAAGACCCCUCUUGAAAUGAAUGCAUUUGCUCGAGAAGUUCAACGGCUCGUUCGUGAUUCUCCCCUUCGACCGAAACCCCGUUGACCGCCAAGAGCUGAUCGCCCCGCCUGAGUCCUCCAUGCCGUUCUGCUAGACCUGCAAGGCCGACCAAGUUCUUAUAGAUAAAUGAACUCGAAGUCU